AUGAGGUUACUGCCACCGGGAGGUACUGACACUCGGAGGGGUCUAGAGGAGGUUGCUGACACUGGGAGUGGUGUAGAGGGGGUUACUGACCCUGAGAGGGGUGUAGAGGGGUUUACUGACCCUGGGAGGUGUGUAGAGGAGGUUACUGACACUGAGAGGGUUGUAGUGGGUGUUAGUGACCCUGGGUGGGGUGUAGAGGAGGUUACUGACCCUGGGUGGGGUGUAGAGGAUGUUACUGACCCUGGGAAGGAUGUAGAGGAGGUUACUGACACUGGGAGGGGUGUAGAGGGAGUUACUGACCCUGGGAGGGGUAUAGAGGAGGUUACUGACACCGGGUGGGGUGUAAAGGGGGCUUCUGAUCUUGGGAGGGGUGUAGUGUGGGUUACUGACCCUGGGAGGGGUGUAGAGGAGGUUACUGACCCUGGGAGGGGUAUAGAGGAGGUUACUGACACUGGCAGGGGUGUAGCGGAGGUUACUGACACUGGCAGGGGUGUAGAGGGGGUUACUGACCCUGGGACGAGUGUAGAGGAGUUUACUAAAACUGGGAGUGGUGUGGAGAAGGUUACUAACACUGGGAGUGGUGUGGAGGAGGUUACUGACGCUGGGAAGGGUGUAGAGGAGGUUACUGGUUCUGGGAGGGGUGUAGAGGAGGUUGCUGUCCCUGGGAGGGGUGUAGAGGAGGUUACUGACACUGGCAGUGGUGUAGAGGAGGUUACUGACCCUGGGAGGGGUGUAGAGGAGGUUACUGACACUGGCAGUGGUGUAGAGGAGGUUACUGACCCUGGGUGGGGUUUAGAGGGGUUUACUGACCCUGGGAGGGGUGUAGAGUGGGUUACUGACCCUGGGAGGGGUGUAGAGGAGUUUACUAACACUGGGAGUGGUGUGGAGGAGGUUACUGACCCUGGGUGGGGUGUAGUGGUGGUUACUGACCCUGGGUGGGGUAUUGAGUAGGUUACUGACUCUAGGAGGUGUGUAGAGGAGGUUACUGACUCUGGCUGGGGUGUAGAGGGGGUUACUGACCCUGGGAGGGGUGUAGUUGGGGCUACUGACACUGGGAGGGGUGAGGAGGAGGUUACUGAUACUGGGAGGGGUGUAGUGGUGGUUACUGACCCUGGGUGGGGUGUAGAGGGGGUUACUGACCCUGGGACGGGUGUAGAGGGGGUUACUGACCCUGGGAGGGGUGUAGAGGAGGUAACUAACACUGGGAGUGGUGUGGAGGAGGUUACUGACCCUGGGUGGGGUGUAGUGGUGGUUACUGACCCUGGGUGGGUUAUUGAGUAGGUUGCUGACACUGUGAGGUGUGUAGAGGAGGUUACUGACCCUGGGAGGGGUAUAGAGGAGGUUACUGACCCUGGGAGGUGUGUAGAGGAGGUUACUGACUCU